AUGUCUUUGCGGCUUCUCAAGCGACCAAUAAACCUUGCAUCGAGGGCUCCGAUUUCUCAGCUUCGUUUACAAUCUGGUCAGGCGCAAUCGAGCAAUGAUCUUCCCUCAUUUCCCUCUCGGUGGUUCGCUGAUCUACAAGCUCAGCUGAAGAAGCUCACCAGCGAUAACUACCCAUCCAGCUGCGUUGAAGAAGCCAAGAGACAAUUGGUGUCAAAUGAAAAAAAUUGGCUGCAACUCUUGGCGGGACAGCAAGGGUUCCUUACCGAUAAGAAAUGGCGAGGUCUCGAUAACCACCAGCUCCUUUGGGGUGAUAUGCAUGGCCAUGUCAAUAACGUGAUGUAUAACCGCUAUGUCGAAACUGGACGCGUGCACUUCAUCAGACAGCACAGUUUGGAUGCAGCACAGCACCACAAGGCUCAAUGGGAUGAUCUGGUGACACCACGUAGCCUGGGCCUUAUUCUCAAAAGCAUCACAACGGAAUACAAAUUUCCUCUUGAGUUCCCAGACCACAUCACUGUAUUGUAUAAGCUGCUUGAAGCUCCAACCAACGAGUCAACGUCGCUCAAGAUGGAAGCUUGGAUUCUAUCAGAACAAUAUCGCCGCUUGGCAGCACGAUGUAUCGACGACACUGCCAUCUAUGACUACACUGCCGCAAAGAAGACGGUCUUGAAGCCGUUUAUGGUCGAGAAGUUUCAGCAAACAUUCAGCAUGCAACAGGCAAACCAAAAGAAGUAUACCGAUCAGGCAAAGCAGGCAAUUGAGGCUGCCAGGGAGCUUCAGAUAAAGUACACAUAG